ACCACUGUUGACCUACCCUACCGUACGUAGCACAUCCACAAGCACUGCGAUGACGUCCAAACCGAGCACGAAACGCAAGCAGCGYUCCGACAGAAGGAUUGCAAAACCACGRAAGAGAGCMGCCGAUCCAAAGCKGCAAAACGAAGGGCGUUCCAAAACCGGAGAAGACGACACAGACACCAACGAGGACGACAGGCUUCUCGAAAUGACCUGCCGAGAGGCCAGAGACGCCGGCCGGAAGCAGAGCCGUUCUCGGGGUGGCGUCCUGCUCGGGAUCGGGGCCGUGGCGGUGUGUCUUUCCGCCGCGCUUCCGGACAGCGGUGGGGGGUGGUUCGCUCCCUUUUCGGCGGUGUUCCGCGCAGCCGCGGCGGGGGCCCCUUCGACGACGACGACGACGACGACAAUGCCUGUGUCGGAACAAGGAGCCCCCCCCGAGGGACGGGCGACCCUCGAUGCCGGCUGGGAGCUGCUGGAAACCUAUGCACACGAUCCCUCCUCGUUCACGCAGGGGCUCGAGGUCCACCGGGCAGCACCGAASGCGGGAGAGGGAAGCUGCGAAGCAGAAGGAGGUGCCAACACCUGCGCACCGGUGUCGUUUUCCUCUUCCUCCGGGGAGGGAUCUUCGGGGGAAGACGGGGGCCGGUGGCUGGUCACGGAGUCCACGGGCAUGUACGGGGACUCCCUGGUGCGGACCUGGGACCUGGCCUCGGGGGAAGUGGUGCGCGAAACCAAGAUGGAGGACCGGUUCUUCGGAGAGGGAUCGACGCGCUACACCGACGACGACGGCCGGGAACUCCUCGCCGUUCUGACCUAUAAGGAACAAUCGAUCGUCGUCUACGACGCAAACACGCUCGAGCGGGUCGAGACCUUGUCUCCGUGGCCCUYGCCGACCACCACCACGGAGGGAUGGGGAAUCGCCUUUGAUCCCCUGGAACGAAUCUUUGUGGUCACGGACGGAUCGGCGAUGCUCCACUUUUGGGACCUCGGGUUCGAGGCGAUCCCCUCCAGGCCUCCGAUCCCCGUSCGCCUGGAGGAGCUGGUCGACGAGCGGGACAGGGUGCUGGUGGCGCGGAAACCGGCCGAGGCCCGAGGGGAGGACGGAGGCGAAACCGCCGGGAGCGAGGAAGAGGCGGUGGAGGGAACCCUGCUGGGCCACAUCAACGAGCUGGAAUGGGAUCCGCACACCCGGACCCUCCUGGCCAACAAGUGGUUCGAGGACGUCGUCCUGCGGAUCGAUCCCUCCAACGGGCUGGUGACGAGGGUCUACGAUUUCACGAGGCUCCGUCCCCGGCAGAACCGUUCCAGGGGCGAGGACGUCUUCAACGGGAUCGCGAUCCUUCCGUCGACGGAAGGGAAGGAGUGGCUCGUCACGGGAAAAUACUGGCCCGAGGUCUACCGGAUCAGGAUCGCGGAGUGACCGAAACGAGCCGUCCGGCUUGUGAGGAAAGCAAAAAGCGCCGGUAGGCAAUGUAAAA